AUGGCAUUUGAAAGCGGCUUGUGGGGGAUGAGGUGGCGGUGUGCUUUCUUGUUUUCAAAAAAAAAAAAUUUCGGCAUCGUCGUCGUCGGGGUUAAUCAUGUCGUCGUCGUCAUCGUCAUCGUCAUCGUCGUCGUUCUUCUCUUUUCUAAUCCUUGUUGUUGUUGUUAUCGAGCGCAAGAUGCGAUGGGCCAUGUGCGAUACGGGAUACGAGGUAUUAGCGGAUAG